AUGUUAUCUGAAAAGAAAGCAGUGAAUCAGCUGAGUGACGUGGAGGAGGAGAGGUCCGAUCCGGAGAUGGACAGCGACGAGGUGGAGGGAGAGAAGGAGAACGUCUCUAACGUAGGGACCACACCUGCCGCUGACGCCACCACCCCCAAGAGAAGACUGAUCAAGAAGAGGCUGCUUCAGUCACCUGCUGAAAGUUCAAAGCAAGCAGAAGGGCCAGUGGAAGGAGACAAGGGUCAUGUGGAGAUCAAACCAGUCCAGCUGUCCCGUGGUCGACCCCAGAGACCUCUCCCUAACCUGGGAAGGAAGUGGGGCCAGAGAGGCCUGCAUCCCAAGACCAAGCCUAAAGAUAAGGAUAAAGAUGGGCCCAUACCUGUGGAGGAGGAGAACACUGAAGAAGGAGUUUCUAAGGAACAGGUUGAUAAAGCUGCUUCCUCGAAAGUUAGUCAAAAGAAGAAGGAGAAAGCUGGUGAUGUUUCUUCAUCUGAGGAAGAGGAGGAAGAAGCCAACAAUAAACUCAUCAAAUCCACCAGGUAUGGUAGAAUACCCCAAAAGACACAGCUCCUGAAUUACCCUGCAAAUGAGGAGGGGGACUUGCCCUCUGACUCUGCCCCUGCUCCUGCCUCAAACGGAUCCCCCUCCACUUCCUCCUCAUCUACCAAGCUGAAAGCCAAACCAAGGGCCAAAAUCAAACCUGGCACCGCCCUGCCAGGUAGGAAGGUCCAAUCAGUGGCCCGGAAACCCAAGCUGAUAACCCUGAGGGCAUCCCAGUCUGAAGAUGAUGAUGAGGAGGGAGGAAGAGAACAGAAAGAGGAGGCACAGGCCCAGGAGGACCACCACAAUCCCACAAGUGUCUGGGAGGAGAACCAGGUGUCAGCGUUUGUUCCUAUGAGCCUUCGCUCGCCACAACUCGUCGCCACAGAGGUUGAGGAGACCAUAGAGGAGCUUGAUAUCUCCACCAAUCUGCCUGACGUCCUAGCUCUAUCCCAGGAUGCAUUCUGUCCUGACUUGUCAUGCGAUAAAGGCGCAGGGUAAAAUGGGCACAGUGCCCUGUGAACAUCAGUUGGACCUGUUUGUAGUAAGUCAUCAUGUGCCCUGUCUUGUGUGGACAAAAUGUGUUUCCCUUUUCGUCAGGAGUAUUCAACUGGGGGUACUGCAGGGGGUCCACAUAAAAUAUUAUAAAUAAACUGGAUUUUUAAAUAUAUAUAUUUUUUUAUGAAU